UUGAAGUGUUAGGAAUGGCAGGCAAUUGGUUCGUGAAAUUUGAAUUAUAUUCUUUUUGAGUUAAUGCGUAUUGAGGGAACCGAUAACACAUUUUAAAGAAUGGCAGGACAACAAAUCUGCUUGAAGUGGAACAGCUUCCAGUCCAAUAUUGUUACAAGUUUUGAGAAUUUGUGGGAAGAAGAAGGACUUGUUGAUGUUACAUUGGCUAGUGAUGGUCAAUGUAUUCGAGCUCACAAAGUCAUUUUGUCGGCUUGCAGUCCAUUUUUUAGAAAAGUGUUUCAGAGCAAUCCAUGCCAGCAUCCAGUCAUUAUUCUGCAGGAUGUACAUUUCACAGAGCUUGAAUCUCUCCUGUGUUUUGUGUAUAAAGGAGAAGUGAACAUUGAACAAGAUAACCUACCAGCUUUAUUGCGAGCAGCUGAAACAUUACAGAUUCGAGGACUUUCUGGUGCUUCAGAGCAGGUUAAGGAGAAGAUGGCAGUUUGCACUAAAAAAGGUGCUCUGGUAUCCUCACAAGAGAGUUCACAGGAUGGUCCACCUCCUGUAAAACGUCAGAGGAGUUUGCAGCAAUCCCAGUCUCCACCUCUGCCUGAUACUCCUCUUGCCCUUACUCCUACCUCUCGUCCUAUUCGUUCCCGACAUCCAUCAACAUCAUCAGUGGAACCUUGGGAACAUCCUCAGCAGCCAAAUGAACCUGAAUUCCCACCCAAGGUGGAACCUAGAGACAAUGAGUCAUGCAGUCCAUCACCACAUUUGCUGUCAAUGGAAGAGCCACUGGAAGACAGUACAGAUGUGUCACUUGGAACUACUCUAGAUCUGGCACAGGCUCAGGGAAAACUAGCAGGACCAGAUGCUAGUCAAAUGAAAGGCGAAGGUGAUGGGUCAGGGCUGGACCUCCUGCUCCCCUACCAGAAGCUGCCAUAUGCCUGUCUGCUGCCACGAGCUCAGGUGCUGUCCACGUGGGCCAAGGCUCGAACCUUGGAGCAGUUGGCUUGUGACCUCAUGAAGAUCCUGUUUUCAACUGAGGAACGCAUCCUCUGCAACGUGAAUGGGAAAAUGGGCAAGCGCCAGUUUAAUGUGCAUAAGAUUCAGUUGAUCCGUGAAGUUCUGCAUUUCUUUAGCAGCCUUCCUCCAGCUGAAUUUGAGGAACAGUGGAAGAGCUGUGUUACGAAGAUUGAUACAGCAAAUAGGGGGUUGAAAAGGAAUCUUGUGCUUAGAGGGAGAAAGGCAACAUGUCUGUUGUAGUUGGUUAUCAGGAAAAUUCUGUUCCAGGAAGUCCAUGUGAGGUCAACAUUACACACUGAGAAGACCCACACGUCUAUGAUUCAGGUGUAGGAUAUAAUCUGUUAAUGAAUAAUAUGCCUGUACUUGAGUUGGACCUAUGCAGUGUGGUUGGUAACAAAGGCUUAGUCUGUGGCACAAAUACAUAUUACAUAAAGAAUAUUGAGGUAGCAGAUGAAAUGAGGCAGGACAUAAUUAUGGAGAAUUUAAUAAAAUUUCCCUCAGGUGAAAUAUUGAACACACUCCUGUGUGCCAGAUUGUGUUAUUCCCACCUCUGCCAUUGGAAAAUUGAGAUUUUUAUGAGUGCAAAGAGAGCAUCUGUUGAAAGAGUGAUUGCAUGGUCAGCAAGCUUCAUUUUCUCUUGGUUAAGGGCUUAUUAUUCAAGUUGUAAUCUCAAGAAAUAUUUGCUCAGCAGGAAUAUUAGGGAGAAGACAAUCUACCUCUUUAAUAAUGAAAUUUGUUGCUUAAAUGUGUUCUGUUACUUGUUUACUUUGAGGCCAUAGGGCUGACAAGGAAGUUUUGACUUCAUGUGAUAAGGGUAGCUUGAACAUUUGUGCUGCUCUUUACUGAUAACUUACUAAGUGUUGUCAUUAGCUAGUUCCAGUGAAGUAACUGAAGAAUGAGUAGUUUCAAAGCAGUACAAGUUUGCAGACAAAUUAGGCUUGGCUUUUAAAAUUGCAGGCAUGUUUCAAACAUUGACCAGAAUUCAGUAUAGGGAGAAGAUGUGUUUGGCAUUGAAAAAACUCAUUGGAAAUUAUUUAAGGCUCUGUUAACUGAUAGUUUCUAUUGUUCCUGCAGCUAGCAUUGUAAUUAAUAGAUAAAGUCUGGAGUCGUAAAAGAAGCAGGUAAUCUUUAAUAAGUCAUAGCAAGAGAGGCAAAUGUUAAUAAUAAAAAUGUGUGUACAGUAGUACUGUUGUAUGGAUUUAUGAAGCCCAAACUUUGAUAAUUUUACAUCUAAAUACACUGUACUGAAACAAUUCUUGGUACUGUGUGUACUUGUGAGGAAAUAAAGUGCCAAAAGUUGUGGUGCAACUUUGGAACAAUAUUACAUACUUUUGUAAAUUCGCUUUUAUGUAAUUUUUUUCAGAUCAGUUCAAAAUCUUUAUGCACACGUUUUGGAUUUUGCCUAAGAAUUGCCAUCCAAUUGCAUGACAAAAUAUGUGCCAAUUUUUAAGUAUGAAGUACAGAUUUGCUGUAUUUAUUUUUCGAGUUUUAUCACGUUUACAAGGUAACAUUGAGAAGUCCAUGACAAAAAUUUUCAGCUGGCUGUGCUGUUGAAGAUAAAUUCUCAGUACAGUUUUCAUAUACAGUAUAUUAGUUACAGUUAAAACAUUCUUGAGAUGUAAAAUCAAAGAGAGGACCAUCUGGGUCAUAUAGUCAUUAAUCUUGCUAGGGCAUUUGUUUAUGCCUGUGACAGUGCCCAAUAUAUUUAGUGAUGUAUAUAGAAUAUUAUAUUUGAGAUGCAGUAUUUAUGUAAUAUUAAACAAAAUAAAUAGCCUUGUGAUAAUAGUCCUGGUGGUUGGAUGUAUUGUAUAACGUUUGUUGUAGUUUGGUUGUGAGUAGGGAAUUGUAGAAAUUUAGAUGACUACAAUAUAGAGUUGAGAUGUAAUUUCAUGUAUAGUCAAAAUAUGUGGCAUCCCUUAAAUAAUGUGGUGUUAAGAAUUCAAAAAAAUCUGAUGUAGGUUUAACCAACAGAUUUGUAGUACCUAUUCUUAAAGAAAACAUGAAUGAAAAUAUAUAUUGAGUCAUUUAUGUGUCACCAUUGUUAUCCAGAACUAAGAUGUAUGUACUUACAUGCAUCAAAUUGGGUAAUUGCAGUUUGAAAAUGUGCAUAUAUAAUAAGGAACCCAUUUUGAAACAACAGUGAUAAUGGUCCAGCUGAGUGGUAUCUGAAAAUACUCUAUGAAAUGAAAGCCCAGUAGAAGAAAUACCACUACCCAAGUUAUGUACUUUCCAUAAACUGCCAUACAAUUAACUUUUACAAAGAAAACAGUUAUUCUACAAGUUAUUGUCAUUCAUAUUAUUGUUACAAUAAUUGUAACGACAAAACCCUUAGUCUGUUAAAAUCUUGGUAUCCAUUUUAUGACUGUUCGGUUGGUACAUCUUUUCAGUCAUUAUCUAAGAAUACUUGGUAAGAUCAUCAUAGUUGUUACAAGUAUUGUAACAAACAUGAAGGCAUUGAAUUGCAACAUUGUAAAUUUGGUAAAAGAACUCAAACUAAUUUAGUGUCAGAUACUUAAUGCAUAUUACCAUUAAAUUCUGUUGUAUGGUGGAUUUACAUUUGGUCCAUAUUAAGUACUAACUUGAAAUAGAGUUCAGAGUUCAAAUAUUGCCCCAGUUC